CCUAAUAGUUAGUCUAAUAUAUCUAAUCAGCUGUUUAUAUGAACCCAAAAAAAAAAUCAAAUCAAACAUCAAAUUGCAAACACAUUGUUAUUAUUGAAACUAAAAACUUCGGGUAAUAUAUAAAAMCGAACCGAARCGGACAUCACAUCCCAAACAGACAGACAAACACAUCAACUAACCGCUGGUCAGAGUUAUUAUCGCCGCCGCCGCCGAUCAUCAGAGUUAUUAUCGCCGCCGCCGCCGAUCACCGCCGAUCACCGAUGCCAAACGUAUUGCUUACCGAAUCGAUUGCCGUCGAGUUGGGCGGCGCCGAACCGUGGCCAGAGGACGUCCGACUGUUUCAGCCGUUUGACGCCGAACAAAUCCUGUUGCCCGAAGUGGCCACCGUACGGGCGUGUCAGGCAUUUUUGCGUAUGUGUGGAUUGCCGUUUACGAUCGACCAGCGGGCAAAUGCCGAACAAAUGUCACCGUCGGGCGGACUACCGUUUAUCAAGUGUGGCCAGUUUGUCAUCGCCGAACUCGAUCCGAUUGUGGCGUUUUGCAAUACCAAAGGCCAUACGUUGAGCAGUCAUCUGGAUAUGUCGCAGAGGGCCGAUAUGCGGGCCUAUAUGUCGCUGGUCAUGAACGUCCUGUAUUCGGCCGAACUAUACUUGAUGUGGUCGCAUGAGUGGACGUACGGUGCAGUGACUUAUCCGCGCUAUUCGUUUGCCACACCGUUUCCGUUAAACAAAAUACUUUGUUGGAAAAAACGSCGGUCAGUGUUGACGAAACUCGAAUCGAUUAACUGGUCGGACAAGAAACUGGACGACGUCUACGACGAAGUGGACUCAUGCUGUCAGGCAUUAGCCGAACGUCUCGGCCAUCAGCUAUACUUUUUCGGCGACAAAAAGACCGAAUUGGAUGCCCUGGUUUACGGUCAUAUAUCGGCAAUAAUGAUUACCCCGCUGGCCGACUAUCGGCUGCGGAUAUUAUACAAGAAUAUCCGACACUUGUUGAACACUUUCGGCGCAUAGAUAGCGACUAUUUUGUUAAUUUAUCGACAA